CUCUUUCUCCUCACUUCCUUUAUUCUUACUGUUAUCUUUUUUUUUCUUGGUAUCCCUCAUCCCUAUUCCAUUGUUGUUCGAUAUCAAUUCUGUCAUAUUCAGAGGAGACAAGAGACAUUUUUCAGUGAUUGACCUUUAUAAAACAUCGGCUGGUGCAACGUAUCUAUCCUUUCACUGUCUAAAAAGGCUCAGACAAGGAGAAUCACGCAAUCAAGUCGAAGCAGACUGUAGCGUUAUUGGAAGGAGACUGCAUACAGUGCAAUAAUCCCAAAACAUCACCGUUUAUCAGCAAAGAAGGCUCUUUCUUUUGCUGACAGCAAGGGUUCUCCAUCAUUGAACACUUAUCUUAUAUUCCCAACCAUACUGCACCUAAGAACUUCCUUGUCCUCUGUCUCUGCGCAUUCCUGAUUGCAUUUCUUGCAUUUCACUAUCUUUACCCUAAAAUGGAAGAUCAAAUGGAGGUUACCCCGGAGCGCAAUUCACCUAUCGGAGAGAAACCUCCAGCAGAGGAAAUUCAUUCCGUUGACGAUGUUGAAUGGAUGACUAAGAAGUUCCUUCCACUCAUUGGCGAUCUCGAGGAGCGUGCUUGUGAGAUUUUCCAGUGGGAAAUUACAGACUGGAAAGCGCUCGGCAAGAGAGUUACCGGACCAGUGUUUGAAAUCGGUGGUCAUAAAUGGCGUAUUCUUCUGUACCCACAAGGAAACAACACUGAUGAUCAACUGUCAAUCUAUUUGGACUCUGCGGAGUCAUUCCCGCCUGUCGAUCCCAAAUGGCAUGUCUGCGCGCAGUUUGCACUCAUGAUGUCUAACCCGACCAAUCCAGCGGUUUACGUUGCGAGUGUGGCGCAUCAUCGUUUCAGUCCUGAGGAGGUUGAUUGGGGCUUCACUCGGUUCUUUGAUAUCAGGAGACUAGAGCAUCCUUUGGAUCACCGCGGCAUUCCUAUCUUGGAAAACGGCCACACAGUCAUUACUGCCUAUGUCAGAGUGUAUAAUGACCCUACAGGCGUGCUCUGGCACAACUUCAACAAUUAUGAUUCCAAGGAGAUGACUGGAUUUGUUGGACUGAAGAACCAGGGUGCCACCUGUUACAUGAAUUCGCUGCUUCAGUCCCUCUUUUUCACUAAUUAUUUCAGAAGAGCUGUGUUUGAAAUUCCAACUGAAGAAGAUGAGCCUUCAAAGUCAGUAGCCCUGGCAUUACAACGUGUCUUUUAUCAGCUGGCUACGAGUAGCAACUCUGUAGGAACUACAGAGUUGACGAAGUCUUUUGGAUGGAAUUCUCUUGAGAGCUUCAUGCAACACGAUGUUCAGGAAUUUAACCGGGUUCUCCAGGAUAAUUUGGAGGGCAAAAUGAAGGGCACUGGGGCGGAAGGCGCGAUUCAGAAGCUGUUUGUUGGGAAAAUGAAGAGCUAUAUCAAGUGUAUCAACGUUGAUUACGAAUCGUCGCGCGUGGAGAACUUUUAUGAUAUCCAGUUGAACGUCAAGGGCUGCAAGACCCUAAGGGACUCGUUUGCUAACUACAUCGAUGUGGAGACUCUUGAUGGCGAAAACAAGUAUCAGGCGGAGGGUCAUGGUCUACAGGAUGCUAAAAAAGGAGUCAUUUUUCAAACUCUACCGCCAGUACUACAUCUCCAGCUGAAGCGUUUCGAGUACGACAUUGAGCGUGACGCCAUGGUUAAAAUCAAUGACCGACACGAAUUUCCUCUUGAGAUUGAUCUGACAGACUUUGUCGAGGACAGCGAAGAGAAGCAGAAAGCAGGACCUGACGGUUUCGUAUAUACUCUUCAUGGCGUUUUGGUUCAUUCUGGAGAUCUUCAUGGAGGUCACUACUUCGCUCUCCUUAAGCCCGAGCGUGAUGGGAAAUGGUAUCGUUUCGACGACGAUCGCGUCGUCCCUGUGACACUUAAGGAAGUGCUGGAUGAGAAUUACGGGGGUGGAGAACCGCCAGAGAACUUGGCGACCAUGUCACUUGCCAUGCGCCAACUGAAUCGCCACAAGCGCUUCACGAAUGCAUACAUGUUGGUGUAUAUCCGUAAUAAGGCCAUGGACGAGGUUUUGAAGCCACUGACAACCAACGACAUUCCCGAACAUCUACAGCGCCGCCUAGAUGAUGAGCGCUUGGCCUUGGAGAACAAGCGCAGGGAGCGUGAUGAAUCUCUUUUAUAUUUCAAUGCCCGUGUGAUCUCAGAUGCGGAUUUCAAAAUCCACGAUGGCUUUGAUCUGUACAAUCCUCAAUCCCCUACAGCAGGGAGAUUAUUUAAGGUGCGAAAGCAGGAUUCGUUUGAGACGUUCAGACGGGCCGUGGCAGAGACCUAUAGCUUCCCUGAGGACCAGCUCCGUAUUUGGACGCUUGUGAAACGUCAGAAUGAUACAAUCCGUACUGAUAUUCCAAUCCCGGAUUCAGAUUUGAAGAGCCCAAUGGAGUUAGUCAGAGACAAACACGGUACCCGGACACCCACCGAAUUCAGAUGUUAUGUAGAGUUCUCCGACAAAAAUUUAAAAGCCGUCAACGGAAAGACCUCAUGGUUCCAGAACGAUUCUCAGAAUGGUGAUAUCAUGAUUUUUAUCAAGCAUUAUGACCCUGUUACGUCUAAGUUAGAAGGUCUUGGUAGGAUUCAUGUCCACAAACAAGCCAAAGUUGGCGAUAUUAUUCCUAUUUUGGUCGAGAAGAUGGGGUAUCCAGCAAAUACGCCAUUGAAGUUGUUUGAGGAAAUCAAACCAACGAUGAUUGAACCCAUGAAAACGAAGUCCAGCUUUCAACAAAGCGAGAUCCAAGGAGGCGAUAUCAUUGUCUUCCAGAAAGAGUUGACACCAAAGGAAAUUACGGAAUUACAGCAGCAGAAUCUGAGAGUUUCAAUUCCACAGCAUUAUGAAUAUAUCUAUAACCGUCUCAUUGUCAAUUUCAAGCCUAAGAACGACCAAGAUCCAGCGCUUGAGACAUACACCAUUGAACUCAGCAGAAAGAGCACGUAUGAUCAGGUGGCGAGCAAGUUGGCAGAGAAACUUGGAAUAGAUCCGUUGCAUAUCCAGUUUACAGCACCAUCACAUCCUAGCGGUCUUCCUAAGCACACACUCAGGCGCUCGACUAACAUGCUGUUACAGGAAAUGUUAUCCUCAGGACAUAUUCAUCCAGGGAUGCCAUCCAAUGUCCUUUAUUACGAAAAAUUGGACAUUAGCAUCGUCGAGCUUGAAAGUAAGCGAUUGAUCAAAGUUACAUGGUUGGGCCCUACCCUCAGAGAUGAGGUGACACAUGAGCUGCUCGUACUCAAGACAAGUACGAUCAACGGUGUCAUACAGGCACUCAUACCAAAAGUCCAAUUGUCACCUGACGGUACACAGAAGUUGCGAACAUUUGCAGUAUCCAAUGGAAGGCUAAUGAAGGAGCUUGGGCCGUCAGACCCGAUCAACAUGGUGCCUGAUAUGUUUAGCCUGUAUGUGGAGGAAAUACCUGUAGACCUGUACGAAAUUGGGGAGAACGAUAUCAAACUACCUUGUUUCCAUUUUCAAGGCGAUGUCAAUCGCACACAUAGCAUUCCAUUCAACAUUGUAGUGAAGGAUGGCGAAGCUUUUGUAGAUACGAAGGCUCGAAUCCGUGCAAGAUUAGGGAUGAACGAGAAGGACUUCGCCAAAAUCAAGUUCUUCUUGAUUGGUCACAAUAGUGGACGUAUCACACCUAUAAACGAUGAUGAUAUUCUUUCAGAAGCGGAGUUUUUACCAGGAGAUCAGCUAGGCCUUGACCAUGUUGACAAGUCUGGUCGUAGUAACAGAUUAGGCGUAGAAAAAUCAAUCAUUAUUAGGGGUUAAAGAACGAUGUGACCUUUCCCCUUUCUUCUCUUUCCCCUUUUCUUUCGUUAUUUUUAUUUUUUAUUAUUUUUUAUAUGGUUUUUAUUACGCUUCCCUCAUGCCAAUGCAUUUUUCCUUAAAAGAUAAAAAAGAAGUAUUGAAUGAAUAUGUAAAGUAUCGG